AUGCGUGGUCCCAACCCAGAGCUGAUCCAGCCGGAAGACUGGGCUCGUCCGGAUCAGCCCUCGUACAACACGCCCGUCUUCCUCAUCCACGACGGCGGCGGCACCACCUUUGCCUACCACUGCCUGGAGAUUCUCGGCCGCUACGUCUAUGGCGUCCACAACCCCUACUUUUACACCGGCGAGGCCUUCGAGGGCGGCAUCCCGGAGAUGGGCCGCACCUAUGCAAAAUGGAUCCGACAGACGGUGCAGGAAGACGAGUUUCCCGCCAGGCGGAGGAAUCACGACGGCACAAUCAGCAUCAUGCUCGGCGGCUGGAGCUUGGGUGGCCUGCUGAGCAUGGAGGUUGCGCGGCAGCUGGCAGACGACGACGUCGUGCGAGUGUCGGGCAUCCUCAUGAUUGACAGCAUCUAUCCGGGCAAGUCCAGGUCUACAGGCUACAUCCCUCUCGUUCCCACAUCCGGACCUCCGGUCAAGCGGUUUCCCGACGUUGAAGCGCCCAAGAUCAAGAUUCGUGGCCUCAAGGUCGUCGACGAGGCCUCCAGCGAAGAAGACACGUCUUCGGACGAAGCUUCGACGGAUCGAGAGGGCCUGACACAGAACCAGAUCCACUCCAGGCGAUGCAUGGCGGAGGCUGUGCGCAUGGUCCGACAAUGGCGUCUUCCCGAGUGGUCUGGCAGACUCUACAACCGACGGCCGCGGGUGGUGUUGCUGCGCGCAAAGGAAUACGUGCCGGCAAAGGACGGUCGCACGGUUGGGCUGGACCUGAACCGGGAAGACGAGUUGCUCGGCUGGGGCGAUUACGACGACGAGAUGUUCUGCGACGUGUUUGAUGUGGACGGUCACCACUUUGACAUGUUUGCGUUCGAGAGGAUAGCUGCCAUGACGAGGACCAUCAAGAAGGGCCUUGAUAGGCUGGAGGAGUGUUCGCAGAUGAUGACGUUUGGGGAUGGUUGGUAG